AUGCAUCCUACAGUCCCUACCGUCAGAGAAGCGAUCAAUCAACUCAGAGAGACAUCGCUAAAAUGUCUGGAACAUAUGGUUGGCCUCGGCGUGCGCACGAGCACCCAUAUGGCCUUUGUCCUAUCGCAGCCGUCAAAUCUUUCGAUCCUAGAAUGUAACGAAGGCGACAUCAACACCAGCCACCAUACGCGAUUGCAGUUAGCCCGUCACCUAUUGUGCUUCGUCAUAUUUGAACAAGCCUCGAAAAAGAACAAGAACGGAGCAAACAUUGAUCUGAAUCAACUUGAAGAGCAGCUCAACAAUAUCCGUGGCCGAUGCUAUGUCGACUUCAAAAAGGAUCCGAAAAUGCGCAUGCUCGUUCUGAUGGCGAUUGAAGAUAAAGCAAGCCCUGGAAUGGGUAGCGGCGAAGCUGUUGACCUUGAUCACCCAAUGAUCCAAGGAGCAGUGGAAACUCCGGAUGUGCCGGAAGCCACUCAAAAGGCCGUCAGACAAGUUCUCCUUUCUACAGGUGAACUCGGCUUAUUGACCGCUUUGAAAAACGGUACGUGGGUUUACGGCCUUCAGAAGACGGGGCCCAACGUCAUGUACAAAACGACCAACCUCACUCCGAAGGGCAUUGAUCCGUUUCAGCAGUUGGAAGUCAUUCUUGAAGCCGAAGUGCUCUGCUUUCUUCAUGCAGUUCAAGUGCAACACCCGUACAGCUUCCCGCCGGGAUUACAGGAGGUGUUGGACGCCUUUGGCGUAGUUCGAAGUGCACUUGGUGACUUGUCGGCCGACGACAAUAUUCUACCAAAUGUAUGCGCUCAGCCUUCGUGGAAAGAGGGAUCGUGCCUUUUCAAGGCGGGAUUGUUUCUUUGGAUGUUGCUCUCCGUUCUGAUCCUCCAAAUCGCCGGUCCAUCGCUGCUUCGAACGGGCCGCGUCUGCCUUUAUCUAUGGUCAUCAGAUCAUGCCGUACGCACAGACCACGGGGUACACAGGUUGUACCGUUGGCCCCGAUCGGAUCACUGCCUGCAAAUCCCUCUUCUCCUGAAGAUCGGUCUAGAACUUGGAAGCGGCGCACAUGGUACGGUCAAACGAGUGGCGGGCACAAGCAUCGUUGUCAAAAUCGGACGCACAGAUAUAAUUAAACGAGAAGCUUCCGUGUAUAGCAAAGCUCGACAGUACCAAGGCCUUCCCAUUCUUCAAGACUUUGGAGUUUUUGACUUUGAAAGCUCAGCCGCAUCCAUGCUCGUCCUGGAAUAUGCGAAUCCUAUCCGUGAUACCCCAGAGAGAUGGGAGGUCAACGCGGCACUCCAAGACAUACAUAUCCGACUCGGCUUUCAUCAUCGCGACAUCGAUUCCGCGAACAUGUUGAGGGGUGUUGCCGACGGGAAGCUCAAGAUUAUUGAUUUUGCGAAGGGCGCAAAUGCCGCGGACUGUGAUAAACAUUGCAUCCUGCGGGAGGAGUACCUUUGA